AUGGGUAUACCACACCCACGGCAGAGCGUUGCCACACCUGAAUCUAUGGGCCUGGCCUCCCUUGCGAUUUGCACACCAAACACAGCAUCUAAAUUUGCAAGGUCUCCGAGCAGCUUGAAGCGAUGUGUGGAAGACAUCUGCACACCACCCGACUCGGCCAGCCGAAACCCAGAGCCAGACCCUAAGAGACAGCGUACUUCGCGAAGCAUGAUAUACACACCACCAGCCAGCCCCCCGGUUCAGCUUCAGCCUCUACGGAUCACUAUUCCAUACAAAGAACCCACCAAGGAGGAACAAAGGAUUUUGAAGGUUCGGAUAACAUAUGCUAGGCGCUGGAGGUCGAAACUUUCAAGGCCAUUCCCCAGCAAAUCAGAGAUCAAACAGGCGUACCAGUAUAAAUUACUGAGGCAUUACACGAGCUGUCUCACUGUUCCGGAAGCCAAUUUCAUCAAGCCGCGCAUCAAUCGGUCCCCACGCGUGGACAAACUGCGAAGUGCCUUUCCGGUCCUCAACACCUCUGUGUCGAGCAGACAGGAAAACAAGAGAUUGGACGAGUAUUACAGGCCGCCUUUGCCCUCUUCACCCUCAUCCGCCGAAUUACAACUUCAGCUCAACAAAGCCAUAACAAGGAGCAAGUCAGUACGGCACUCUGCAUGGCAAAAUUUCUCGUCUCGAGAGAAAGAUCGUAUCGACAGGGGCCGUGAGGCAAUGCUAGAAUCUGGAUUACCCGAGGAGGAGCUGGUAAAGGAGUACAACAAGGAGCCGAACAAGUUACCGGGUUGGAGGAAGAAGUAUACAAGCUCGUUUGCUAGGCGUUUGAAAAUGGAAGAGGAUGAUGCGUUGACUACAUCGGAUUAG